AAUGCAGGGUAAAGGUGUGGCUAGAGGUGGGACCUUCAUAAAAGAUCCCAUGUGACUCAAGAGUAAGGAAAGAUGAGAAGUUAGCAGUUGCGUCAAGAAGGACUGGGGCAGAUGAGGAUUCAGGAAGCUUGAGGUUUAGGAAGGAAGAUAUUGAGAGGGAAAGGUGGAAAUGAAGGAGAGUGAAGUGAUGGAAUGAUCCUAGUAAAGGGAUAAUGGGAGUGGAGGAAGAGAAGAGGGGGUGGAAAACUAGAUACAUGGCUACCAAAUUAAGGAGGCACCCGCAUUCCAGAGGAAUCGGCAUUCUUCCUCACUUUUUAUUUUUCUAGAAAGCACCCCUGAAGCCAAAUUUCCAUUGGAAGAAAAGAUGUACCCAUAUUGUAUGUUGUGAGAAAGGGUUGUCUCAGCUUGGGCAAGUAAGGAGACUGAUAGGAAGGAAGUAGGAAAGAAAAGGUACAGAGGUAAAAGAGCUUGGAAAAGGAAAGGGUCAGGGAUAAGGCCAAAGAGAUCUCUUCUCUUUAAAGGCCAGAGAAGGCAGGUGGAGGGGGGAGCUGGACUGCUGGGAGAUAGUGAGGGACAAAGGGCAAAGGAAACCAGACCAGAGGACUGGAGAGUGAGAUGGAGUCCUGGAGAGAAAAAGAAGAGAGGUGAACUUAAUGCUUGUCAUAUGGUGGCCAGAAUGGAUUUGUGGCCAGGGGCAUGGAUGCUGCUGCUGCUGCUCUUCCUGCUGCUGCUCUUCCUGCUGCCCACCCUGUGGUUCUGCAGCCCCAGUGCCAAGUACUUCUUCAAGAUGGCCUUCUACAAUGGCUGGAUCCUCUUCCUGGCUGUGCUCGCCAUCCCUGUGUGUGCCGUGCGAGGACGCAACGUCGAGAACAUGAAGAUCUUGCGUCUAAUGCUGCUCCACAUCAAAUACCUGUACGGGAUCCGAGUGGAGGUGCGAGGGGCUCACCACUUCCCUCCCUCGCAGCCCUAUGUUGUUGUCUCCAACCACCAGAGCUCUCUCGAUCUGCUUGGGAUGAUGGAGGUACUGCCAGGCCGCUGUGUGCCCAUUGCCAAGCGCGAGCUACUGUGGGCUGGCUCUGCCGGGCUGGCCUGCUGGCUGGCAGGAGUCAUCUUCAUCGACCGGAAGCGCACGGGGGAUGCCAUCAGUGUCAUGUCUGAGGUCGCCCAGACCCUGCUCACCCAGGACGUGAGGGUCUGGGUGUUUCCUGAGGGAACGAGAAACCACAAUGGCUCCAUGCUGCCCUUCAAACGUGGCGCUUUCCAUCUUGCAGUGCAGGCCCAGGUUCCCAUUGUCCCCAUAGUCAUGUCCUCCUACCAAGACUUCUACUGCAAGAAGGAGCGUCGCUUCACCUCGGGACAAUGUCAGGUGCGGGUGCUGCCCCCAGUGCCCACGGAAGGGCUGACACCAGAUGACGUCCCAGCUCUGGCUGACAGAGUCCGGCACUCCAUGCUCACUGUUUUCCGGGAAAUCUCCACUGAUGGCCGGGGUGGUGGUGACUAUCUGAAGAAGCCUGGGGGGGGUGGGUGAACUCUGGCUCUGAGCUCUCCUCCCAUCUGUCCCCAUCUUCCUCCCCACACCUACCCACCCAGUGGGCCCUGAAGCAGGGCCAAACCCUCUUCCUUGUCUCCCCUCUCCCCACUUAUUCUCCUCUUUGGAAUCUUCAACUUCUGAAGUGAAUGUGGAUACAGCGCCACUCCUGCCCCCUCUUGGCCCCAUCCAUGGACUCUUGCCUCGGUGCAGUCUCCACUCUUGACCCCCACCUCCUACUGUCUUGUCUGUGAGACAGUUGCCUCCCCCUCAUCUCCAGUGACUCAGCCUACACAAGGGUGGGGAACAUUCCAUCCCCAGUGGAGUCUCUUCCUAUGUGGUCUUCUCUACCCCUCUACCCCACAUUGGCCAGUGGACUCAUCCAUUCUUUGGAACAAAUCCCCCCGACUCCAAAGUCCAUGGAUUCAAUGGACUCAUCCAUUUGUGAGGAGGACUUCUCGCCCUCUGGCUGGAAGCUGAUACCUGAAGCACUCCCAGGCUCAUCCUGGGAGCUUUCCUCAGCACCUUCGCCUUCCCUCCCAGUGUAGCCUCCUGUCAGUGGGGGCUGGACCCUUCUAAUUCAGAGGUCUCAUGCCUGCCGUUGCCCAGAUGCCCAGGGUCGUGCACUCUCUGGGAUACCAGUUCAGUCUCCACAUUUCUGGUUUUCUGUCCCCAUAGUACAGUUCUUCAGUGGACAUGACCCCACCCAGCCCCCUGCAGCCCUGCUGCACCAUCUCACCAGACACAAGGGGAAGAAGCAGACAUCAGGUGCUGCACUCACUUCUGCCCCCUGGGGAGCUGGGGAAAGGAACGAACCCUGGCUGGAGGGGAUAGGAGGGCUUUUAAUUUAUUUCUUUUUCUGUUGAGGCUUCCCCCUCUCUGAGCCAGUUUUCAUUUCUUCCUGGUGGCAUUAGCCACUCCCUGCCUUUCACUCCAGACCUGUUCCCACAACUGGGGAGGUAGGCUGGGAGCAAAAGGAGAGGGUGGGACCCAGUUUUGCGUGGUUGGUUUUUAUUAAUUAUCUGGAUAACAGCAAAAAACUGAAAAUAAAGAGAGAGAGAGA